AAGCAGUGGGUUUGGCUAGCUCGGUCUCCCGGAAGUUGAUGAAUAGUUGAGGCAUAAACAAACCUCGGGCUCUGUCCCCGCGGUGUUUAGGCUGGCUGUGAUGCUCCGUGAGGCUUUCCCCUUCGUGGAGGACAGCUUCAGCCGCUUCCCGUCCCAGAGCAACAUUUACGGGCUGUGUCAGGCCGGGGAGCAGGAGCUGCUGGCGGCCACUCUGAAAGGGAAGGUGGUGUGUUUCAGGUACCAGGAGCUGCAGCAUAAAGUCCGGCCGGUGGCCAAGGAGGUCCAGUUCACCUACAUACCAGUUGAUGCAGAGAUCGUAUCGAUUGAUGCCUUCAACAAGUCUUCACCCAAAAGAGGUCUGGUGGUGGGGAUCACCUUCAUAAAGGACUCUGGGGACAAAGCUACUCCUUUCCUGAACAUCUACUGCGACUAUGAGCCCGGCUCAGAGUUCAACCUGGAGUCCAUUGCACAGAGCUGUCUGAACCUGGAGCUGCAGUUCACGCCCUUCCAGCUCUACCACACUGAGGUGCCAUGUCCCGAUGGAGGACUGGAGACGGUUUUCCUGCUCAGUGGUCAUGACCAGAGGAUCCACCUGUACAAGGAGAAUGCCUCUCUGCACCAGUUUGAGGAACAACCUGUAGAGAAACUCUUCCCUGAACUCCAGCAGCUGCUUAGCAACGUGUUGUGGUUGGACAUGACGAGUGUCCCUGGUGGACGUCGGCUCUCAGCAUAUGGCUGUCAGAACGGCUGCGUUGGGCUGGCUUUGGUCAACCAGAGCGGACCAGAGGUUCUGCAGAACUGGCAGGUUCAGUUCGACAGUCCGAUUUCCACUGUGCUUCUGUUCCCACUCAGCUGCCGAGCCAGGCCCAGCGAGCCCAGCGCAGGCAGCGGUGAUGACACCCACAGCUUCAACCUGCUGAUAACCAGCACCAUAGAGAUGGCGGUGGUCUACAGAGACAUCCAGGAGUUUGGCUUGGCCCGGUCCACCUGUCUGUCAGGGAGCGAUCAGUGGGAUGCGGUCCUCUGUGCGCUGGUCAUUGACCUGGACUUCGAUGGGCAGAAGGAGGUGCUGUUGGGAACGUACGGUCAGGAACUCCUUUGUUACAAAUUCAUGCCGGCAGGCGGCGGGCCGGACGGAGGCUUUCAGCUGCAGUGGAGGCGGAGCUUCAAGAGUCCUUUGCUGUCCAUCAUCUACCUUGACUUGACCGGAGACGGUCUGAGGGAGCUGGCUGUCCUCACCCUGAAAGGACUCCACAUCCUGCAGCACAGUCUCACCUGCACCACUGAUCUGGUCCUUAAGAGGCUGGAGAAGAGGGUGUUGGCGCUGGCGGCGCACUCUGAGCUACAUCCACAGGAAGUAGAAGACGCCAAGGACAGCGCCGCUCACCCCCAGAACCCUGAUGAUGGCGAUCGGCCCCCAACAUGUUAACAAGGAUCCAGAGUUUUACCUCUGUGUUGGUCCCAGCGGGGCACACUGGAAGGCUGCCUGAAGGAUCAUCUCAGGUCACGUUCUGCAGACAGACCUUCAGGCGUUGCUCUGAAGCUGUGGGGCAUCGAUCCGAUGAAGCUGCACCGUCUGAAUGAACUGAUGUGAGAUGACUUGAAAGUGUUCCGUUUUUAGGAAUAAAAACACUUUUAUAGCUGA